GAUGUCAAAUUCAAAGUUUAAAAUCAAAUGUGAACCUUUGUGGUUGUUUUUAUCAUAAUUUUAUAAAUACUGGCAUGUAAAAUGCAUUUAGUAAAGUUGUUGUAAAUGAAAAUAACAAAAACCCUUGACAAUGAUGACGACUUCUGAUGAAAAACAAGCUUUAUUUGUAGCUGUUGACAAUGAAUUGUUUGCAGAAGUUAACGAGGACCAUGUAUUUAAUAACUCAUUAGAAGUUAUUAGAAAAUGUACGAAGCAAAACAUACACGACACAUCUUGGGAUCAGAGUCAUUAUAUAAGUGCUACUUCGAUUAGAGAGUUCAAAGAUAGCAAACGAGAAUUGACUCCUCCGUAUAUGAGUAUAAUAAUUGAUGCAUGUCCAACGGACAGUAGAAUGGAUAAUAGCACACAGACGGAUAUCUUAGCUCCAAAUUCAGAUCUAAUUGACGUAGAUUUAUCGUUCUGUAAAGAUUUUCAUGAAGAUGAUUCUUCAUCAAAUGACGGCACUGAAAGAUCAACAGCUAGUAAACGAUGUAGACGCAAUUCUUUUGACGAAGCUAUUGAAGCAAGACCAAGGAAAAAGACUAAAUGUACAACCGACUCCUGUACAUCAAGUAAUAGUGAUGUGACUGAUUCUAAAACACAAGAAUCUUCAAGCCGAUUAUGCUCCGAAUCUGAUGUGUCAUUUAAGUCAAUUAAAAGUAAUUAUUCUUAUAAAUCACGCAAGGGACGAAGGAAAUCUGACUCCAAUUUGAUCCGCGAUGUAUUGCAAAGAUCCAGGAGAUUCAGUAGUAAUAAUUCUAAUUACUCCGAACACAAUACAUCAGGAACUCCUAGAAAGGAAAAAUCGCAUCGUCGUUCCAACCGUACGAAAGUAUGGAAGAUCAUGGAUAUUUGCACUUGGAUUGGUAAAAAGGGUUACCAGUCCAUAACGGGAUUAUAUUCCGAUGUACUUCGGGAAAACGUUAGAAACAAGGGAAUAGAAAGUAAUUUGGUGGAGCAAGAAGUGAAACAACUGCACAAGUUUGUUGAACAAGUGGACGAGAAGCAUACGCUGUGUUCAAACAAGUUAGCUCGAGAGAAUGAAGAACUUCGCGAACAGAUGAAGGAAAUGAUGAAGAAAAUUUCGAAUUUGGAAUGCAAGCUUAGCAGUCAGCAAGUAGCAUUGCCACCAAGUCCGCCAUGCGUGCCCCCUCCGCCGCCGCCGCCGCCGCCUCCCCCUCCCCCUCCCCCGCCGCCACCGGAGAGGAAGCCCUUGGCGCGGGCACACACCAUUCCCAGAUGCGGAUCAGCACCACCCAGGAUGACACCACGACUCUCCAUCACUCCGCAGGACAUUGCUAACGUGAAACUGAGGAAAGCCAAGGACAACCCUGUACGACCAAAACCCAAAGAUGACAAGCAGCCCCUGGUGACGCAAGAUAUACUGGAAGCGACUAAAGCUAAACUCGGCCGCAACCGCCCAGUCGCCGCUUCUACUCCUAAACAACAACUUACGGAACUGGAAAAGUUGUUACAAGAAUCGACAGUGACGUCACUUUACCGACGCCGAGUGACGCGCGGCACGUUUCGAAAUGGGGAAGAGUUACGCGCGCGACCGUACCCUGCUUCUCGUUGUGCACGUUCCCCACUCUCUCCUCGCUCCCCACGUUCUAACUCCAUCUCCCGUAACCCCGCUUCCGCUUCCCCACUCAAGUUCCCGAUUUUUUGUCCCAGUACACCUAAUAAAUGACUAUUGUUAAUCUACAAUACGAACAGUUCGAAUUUUAAAACUAUAGUAUAUUAGCCUGUGGUGAUCGGAUAAUCGUCAUUUUAAAACAGAUUGUUUGCCCGUUCUCCUACCACAGGUAAUAUAUAGACUACGGCAAGCAAGUUGAACUAAAAUUGACAAUUGUCUGCGCAGAUCCAAUUAAAAACAAAAGUUUUAGACGCGUGCUCUGGUUGUCAGUUACAUUAUAGAUGUGAAAUAAUUGAAAAUUUUCUUACGCGAUUGUAAUGGCGUCAAAGUGUUGCUAUGGUUACUCGUGACACCUCUUAUUGCAUAAAAUGUUACUGCGCAUAGUUCAACUUACAGGCCACGACCUUUAUACUCGUAAGGCUGUGCCUAUGAUAGGCAACCAUGAAGUAUACAUAAGUAUACUAAUUAUACCAAGAGAGCCGUGAUAACCCAGUAGACAUGACCUCUGUAUAUGCUUCCGGAGGGUGUAGGUUCGAAUCCGGUCCGGGCAUGCACCUCAAACUUUUCAGUUAUGUGCAUUUUAGGAAAUUAAAUAUCACCUGUCUCAAAUGGUGAAGGAAAACAUCGUAAGGAAACCCGCAUACAUGAGAAUUUUAUUAAUUAUUUAAUAUCUUCUUCAGGAUGAUAUUAUUAUAAUAAAUCGUGUUCAGCCUAGACGCUUCCUGGAAACUUUUCACCAGUUAUCUUAAAAAUAUAAACUUCAGGAAUGUUUGGUUAAAGAUUCCCACAAAGCUAAGCGGUCUGGACUAUUUAGAAGAAGAAACUAUAAAAUUAUACGUUACCUUUAAAUUCCACGCUUUUGUUUAACGAAAUAUUUUUUAAUACGACUAAUAUAGUAAUUAGUCCGAAACACAGUGUUAAGACCACUCUUACCCACGUACGACAGGAGUCCAGUGGGAUUCAAACGCACGAUUUAACGUGUGGAUUCCGGGCCUUUUACCGUGGAGCUAUUGAGUCUUAAGUUGAUUACCGUACUCACCUAGUUAUGGAAGGAACAUGGGCUUACAAGUGACUAACUUCCAGCUUUAAAAUGACCGUCACAGGCUCUCGGUUUACUAGGUUUUAAUGUUUUAUGGUUUGAUUAGUUUUAUGCAUUCUGGUUCAACAGGUUUGAAUUUAGAAUUCAUUUUAGACAAAUAUCUUUUUCUUAUUUUAAGACGGCUUUGAUCUUGUUAUCGUCAAUGAGGCUGGCGAUUUUCUCCUAUAUUUUGUUAUUUAUGAAUAAUAUGAUCAAAAUACAAAUUCUCUUGUACGAGCAUACCUACUGCGGGCUUACUCUUCGUAUAAUAUUAAACUGUUAAAGAUUUAUGUUUGUGCAUUAUUUAAAACGAUAAACAUACAUUCAAUAUGACUAGUUAAAGUAUUUUCUUCAUGUAAAUAAUUUUCCAGAAUCUAGAGUGUAGGUAAAAUUACCUAGGACUUUCGAUAACUCUAAGAAUUAAUGUUAUAAAAUUCUUUAGAAUCCAAUCACAUAUUUUCUUUUGCAGAUAAAAUGAAGCCGUUAUUGUACAUUUAUGAAACAAAUAUGAGAAAAAACAAAAUUAAUUGUUCAUGUACACGCUGAAACACAAGUGAUUGUGAUUAAUAUAAUUAAUAAUUAUAAUUAACGAUUUGGUAUUACUAUACCUACUCGUUAAUUAUAGUAAGUUGAACUAUGCAUAGUAACCCCUUUUCGGGUGCCUCGAAUAACCCUAGCAACACGUUGAUACCAUUACAAUCAAGUACGUUUUCAAUCAUUGGACAUCUCUUAUGUACCGGACAAUGACGGAGCACGCGUCUAACACUUUUGUUUGUAAUUGUACCAGCGCAAACAACUGUUUUUUUUUGUUCAACUUACUUGCCGGGGUCUAUACCUACACAUAAUUAUUUUCAUUAACAUUGUUUUACUACAUGUUAAUAUGUAUUUUUUUGAAAAAUACCGUUAAAUUAUAUAUCGAUUAAUUGCGGAAAGAUGCAUAAUCAAUUUCGAGCCCAUCGGCCCGGCAAUUUUUGAAAAGAAAAAUAGUUGAGUAUUUUUUUGAAUUUGUGUUAAAUAGGCAAUGAGCAAGUAAUCACUACUUUAUUUAAAUA